AACAGCACAUGGAAAUUAAUUAUGAAUUACCAAAAUUAUUGGAUACAAAAUUACCAACCAUCAAAGAUUUUUAUAAGAAUCAAAAUGUGUUUAUAACUGGAGGUAAUGGAUUUAUGGGAAAAGUUCUUAUUGAAAAAUUACUUCGUAGCUGUCCUGAUAUCAACAAAAUUUAUUUAUUGCUACGACAAAAGAAAGGAAUAACUCCAAAAAAAAGAUUAGCUGAUCUAAUAGAAAAUCCUAUCUUUGGUCCCUUAAAGGACAAAAAUCCCAACAGCAUAUCAAAACUAGUAAUUAUUCAAGGAGAUUGUGAGAAGGCGAAUUUAGGCAUGACGGACGAAGACAUAGAAAUGUUAAAAGAAAAUGUAAACAUUAUUUUCCAUGCAGCUGCAUCCGUGCGUUUUGAUGAUCCUUUAAAGAAAGCUGUGUUAAUGAAUGUAAGGUCAGCAAGAGAUUUAAUUGCAAUUGCUCAAGAAAUUAAAAAUCUAAAGGUUUUUAUCCAUCUUUCAACAGCUUAUUGUAAUAUUGAUAAAAAAAUCACUCACGAACAAGUUUAUCCACCACAAGCAAAUUGGAAAUAUUUUAUUCAAAUGGCAGAAACAUUUGAUGACAAAAUAAUUAAUUCACUCACAGCUAAAAUUUUAAAUAAAUUUCCAAAUACUUACACAUUUACAAAAUCAUUAGCAGAGAAUGUAAUAAAUGAUGAAUGUGAAAAUAUACCAACUGUAAUAUAUCGGCCAUCGAUCGUUUUUUCAACUGAAAAGGAACCAAUACCUGGUUGGUUGGACAACUUAAAUGGGCCCUUAAGUUUUUUUUUAGGCAUAGGCACUGGAGUAGUACAUGUAGCUUGGAAUAAUAGAGAUGUAGUCUCCGAUUGUAUACCUGUGGAUAACGCUAUUACAAAUAUGAUAGUUGCAUCAUGGUAUCAAGCAAACAAUACUAAUAGCAAUAUUAAAAAAAGUUUGGUUAUUAACGCCUGUACGUCGAACAUAACGAAUUUAACUUACCGUUAUAUGCUUGAAUGUUGUGAGCGAUUAUGCGAAUUAUAUCCAUUUAAUCAAAGAAUUUGGUAUCCAUUUAUUCUUUUCAUCGAUAAUCAACUUGGAUUUAACCUUGCAUUCGCGUUUCUUCAAAUAAUUCCCAGUAUUUUCAAACAGAUUAUGAUAAACAUUUCAGGUCAAAAGUUCGCAGUGCUAAAAACAUGUAGAAAAAUAUACAUUGCGAAUAUUGCUUUAAGACCGUUCAUGGCAAAUGAAUGGACAUUUAUGAAUGGUAAUUAUUUAUCUUUAUGCAACGUGUUAAAAGAGGAAGACAAAGAAGAUUUCUAUGCAAACAUUAAGAAUACCAAUAAAUUUUCUGUCAUGGCUUAUGGACUUUAUGGUCUUAAGAAAUAUAUCUUAAAUGAAGCCGCAGAUGAUAAAGAUGCUAUUUUAAGAGCUAGAGCUUUAUAUAGAAAAUUUCAGAUGGCCCAUCGCAUGGUGAUUAUUGUAUUUUUGUUCCUAGUAUUUAUAUUAUUUUGUAAAAUAUUAUCAAAUUUGUUUCAUAUUUAAAGUGGAACGGCUGUUUGAGCAAGUAGGGUGAAUGUUCAUUUUUUUUUUUUUUUGUGGCUAAUGAUAGAACAAAGUCCCUUGAUCACAGUUUUGGGGCUUCUUGUUGAACAAAAUUUUGAAUUAUUUCAUUUUAAAAUUGUGAUUUUUAACAAAGUGCCUUAUGGAAGUAGGUACUCACAAUAAUGUUCAUUGUACAAAAAUUAAUCAGUGAAUGAGCUUCAAAAAAGUUUUCAUCAUGAAGAAAAUUUAUAACAGAUUCUGUAAAAAAAACAUUAAAAUA